GUACAUCAAUUUUCAAUUUUUCUGGACUUUUUUUUUCGUAAAAAUGUUAAUAAUUUUUCAUUACUUUGGGAUUUUAUUUUUUCAAAUAUUAAAAAAUAGAAAAAGACUUAAGAUUAAGCGGAAUGAGGACCUAUCGGUAGCUAUUGAUUCCGAAGAAAAUCUAAAAUUCGAUCCUCCCGUUUACAGGCAGAGAUUUCGUAAAAUCUGUGAAAUCCUAUCAGAGGAAAAGUGGAAAAGCCAGCUGAAAAAAAUCGUAGAUUUUGGCUGUGCAGAAUUUGGCUUGUUUGUUUAUCUCAAAAAUUUAACAUUGGAAGAGGUCCUCUUUAUAGAUAUUGAUGAGGAAAUAUUGGAAGAAAAGGUCUACCGAGUGAGACCACUUUUAGUUGAUCAGUUGCAAAAGCGUCAGACCCCUUUGGAAAUUUUUGUUUUCAGGGGGAGUAUAGUAGAUCCUGAUUAUAGACUUCGGAAGACUGAUGUAGUUACUGCUAUAGAAUUAAUAGAACAUCUGUAUCCAGACACAUUAGAGGCCUUACCUUAUAAUAUUUUUUUUUUCAUGAGGCCAAAGAUAGUGAUAAUUACAACUCCAAAUGCAGAUUUUAACGUAAUGUUUAAUCAUUUGACAUUUAGACAUCCAGAUCACAAAUUUGAGUGGUCAAGAGAGCAGUUUGAAGAUUGGGCAAAAAAUAUUAUUCACAGAUUUCCAGAAUACACAGUCAAUUUUCAUGGGAUUGGAGAUCUACCAGAUGCUCCCAAAAACAUAGGUUCUUGCUCACAAGCAGCACUUUUUAUAAGAAAAGACAUGCUUAACAUUAAGUACAUAUCUCCUAUAUACGCAGCAGCCUGCCGUUGUGAUAAAAAUAGUCUUUGCAAAGGCAAGACUAUAGAAAGUAAACUACUGUGCACAUGUCUGUGUGCAUUCUGUCUUCCAGAUAUUAGUGUCGGAAUUUGCACUUACUUCAGCUGUAAUUUAACAGAAAUACAAACUUAUCGGCCUAUGAAAACCGAUUCAAAGAAGUCACUAAGUGAUACAGAUUUAUUACAAACUGUCCAAAUGUCAUAUCAUUCGGUUAGCAAAGAUAAAAUAACUGAGGCACUCAACCCAUCCUGUAACAUAUUUUAUAAGUUGGUAGAAAAGGUUGUGUACCCAUAUGAAGUAGAUGAAAGAUCUGAAAAUGAUAAGAUUUUGGAGCUGUUUAAAUAUAGGGUUAACGUUUUUAGUCAUGUAAAUAGUAGGUUUUAUAUGGAGGAUUCUCAACGAUGUGAAAUACCAAUAGAGGAAUUACUGUAUGGAAAUGUUGAAGUAUCUCCACAUAAAGCCAGAAAUCUACUUCGCGAGGGCGGGUUUACAGUAGAAAAAUGUAUCGCACCAGAGUCAGGAGACAGUAAAUACUGCAUAAUAUCGACGCCUCGAGAAAUGGAAAAUAUUACCAGUAGCUCUGAAGUUACUGAUAAUUAUAGCUCAAAAAGUAGUGACUGCAACGAACCUAUCCAAUUUGAAGCAAAUAAUGAUCAUCUAUCUGAUUGGGACGAAGUCCCAUUUGAAACCAAAGAUAUGAAGGCAGCUACGUCUUCGGCGGUUGAGCAAGGCCCAACCACAUCUAUAGAGCAACCAAAAAAACCACCAGAUCCGCUAUUUGAUUCCGGAUAUUUAAAGUCGCCAUCGCCUUUAGAGUCGAAUCCGCAACUUCCACAGUUGACACAAGACAACCUUGAAGCGGCAGAAACCGAUCAAUUUGAAGAAAUUGUCAGUACACCGAACUUGCAUAGUAACGAUAAUAAGUUGCAUUUGAAAAAAACUAUUGCUAAGGAGAAAUUUGUUCCUGAAAGUCAGAGAGUUAAGCUAGAUCCGCACAGAAUCAACGAACUCGAUAGGUUUUAUAACAUGUGCACUGUUAAAACUUUCAUGAAUAAUCAUCUGAAACCCCAAAAUGAAUUUAAGAAAAGUAAUUUUAAGGAUUUUAGCGUUGCCGGGACUUCUAGUAACUGGAAAAAGACUAGGAGGCCGAGAGAUAAAGAAAAAAAAGUACCCGAGAAAAAAGAACUGGAAGAACCUACAAUUCUGGACGAUGCCAGGAGCUUAACAAAUUGUAUCGUUCAAAAUAGUCUUAACAAGGUGGAAGUAAAAGAGGAAGUGUUUUACGGGCCACAUUCACUUGUAAUAAGGGAUUUCAGCCCUGUACAAGAACGAAUAGGCCUUGCGGAGGUUAUACCGCGAGAGCCAGUAAUCGGAAUUAUUCCCCACCCCAUUCCGCUUCCGCCGAUAGAAGUACAACCAGCUCAAGGAGUCGAAAACGGAGAUCUUGCCAAUAAUAAUAGAGAUAAUGAAGGAAAUAACUUGGGAGAAGGAAUUGAAGAUCUUGACAUAGAUGAAGGUAUUGAUUUAUUAAAUGACAAUCUUGAAGACAUAGUCCCACUCUUAGAAGACAAUGUUAAUCCGAUUGAAAAUAACAACGAUGUGAUAGUGGAACAGCCUCAAAUAGUUAGAGAGGAAGCAGAAAUACCUGUACGAGAAGGAAAUGCGAUGAAUGGAGAGGAUGAUGUUAGAGGAGCAGAUGCGGAAGACAUAACCGAAACAAUAGCCCAAGCUAGCAGAGAGGCCCUGUAUGACGAAAACUCGGAACAAGACUUACUUGAAGACUUUGACGUGCCACCACAGGCCGUGAAUCCCGAAGAGAUUUCAGACGUUUUAGCUAGUGCUAACGUUAUAUUGGUGGGCGUAAACCAUAUUAGUUCCACCGCACUGGAAAGGGAAGCAACACAAUCAGCAGCGACAAUUCAAACACACCUCGGUAGUUUUCCAAGUUGGUUGCUGCAAAUUUUAGGGACUCAAAUGGUGUCUGAGGAAGAAGGCAACGUGGCACCGGGUAGUCAUGACGAACCGCAUUUUUAUUGCCAAGGAGAUGGCUUAGGCGUUCAUCCAUCGGUAAUGGCUCUCGAAGUAGAUGAGGCAGAGGAUGCAGAUGACGACACCACUACCAUCGAAGAUUCGUCAUCAAACAACACCACAGACUACGCAGAAGUCGAUCCGGGACCGUCAGAUAUGUUCGAUAUGAGUAGCCUGCCUGAGGAAUCAUCUGUGGGCCAAUGCGGUACUGACGAUAACACAUCACGGAAUAUUACUAACGGUCAUGAUUGUAACGGAUGUGACUCAUCAUGCUCAGAAUUGAGACGAGGGACUGAAGAAGUAAGUCAACAAUUUAUCGCAGAUGUUUUAAGAACUGCUUUGGAUAUGGUAACCAAUCAUCACGAUCAUCAGGUGGCAUCUAAAAGCCAGGAGAGAUCUGGACCCAGUAGAGGUAUAGCACCAGGAAAUAGUGUUUCAACUAGCGAUUCUGAUCAUUUUGAAAGCCCUGACGUGAGUCUUGAUGAACCUACUAAUUUAAAACUCGUUUCCGGUACUGAUCCUAAAUGUGAUACAUUUUCUGCGGGGUCUUUUGUUAGUAAUAGUAGCGAAGAUGAACGCACUGAAAGUAGUCGUAACUUUAAAUCAGCUGAAGACAAGCAGGAAACUCCUGAAGACACUUUAGAUGUGGAAAGUAGUCUGCAAGCAUCUGACGAAUCCGACUACGUUGAUACAUAAACAAAAAAAUAAGGUUUCGUGUAUUUAGAAUUUACGUAUCAGAUACAUACCUGGAAAAUUAUUUUCCAUUGUGUAGCUUUAAACUAUAAGUCAAUGAUACAUAUAUUUGUUUUGCGGAAAAUGUAAAUUAUACUAUAUAAUUUUUUAUCGAUCCAAA